UCCUGCGCACGCUGCGUGGCCGUAGCCGCCGGGUGUUGGGCGCCGGAGGGGCCGGGAGGCGAGCCGGGAUCCCCAGACGGGUGUGGGCAUCGUUCCCUCAGCCGGUGUCCCCCGAGGCCGCGCUGGGGCCAUGAUGCACUCGGUGAAGCUGCGCCGCGACAGCGCGGCCGACUUUGUCUCGCACUAUGAGUACCUGUGCGCGCUGCAGGACUCGGUGCCUAUGCCCGCCGUGCGCGCUUCCCUGCGGGAGGGCGUGCUGGACUUCAACGCAGACCGCCUCCGCGGGGUGGACUGGGCGCCGCUCCUGAGCACCCUCAAGAUUAAUAAAGAUCUGUCCCUGAUCUGUAUCAAGAGCUUCUUCCAGCCAUGGCUUGGCGAGACAGGUUCUGACCGAAAUAAAGUUUACAGAAGUCGUGUUCCUGCGAUAAGAAAUAAAGAUGUGACCUUCCAGUUGUGUAAAGCUCUUAAAUGCUGUGUAAGUGUGUCGGGUGCACUACGGAACCUGGAGCUAAAUGGGCUAGUUCUGAGAGAGAGAGACUUAACUAUGUUAACAAAGGGAUUGAAUAAAUCGUCCACUUUGGUGCACCUGUGUCUUGCGAAUUGUCCAAUUGGAGAUGGAGGUUUAGAAAUUAUUUGUCAAGGUAUAAAGAACUCUAUCAGUCUUAAGACAGUAAACUUCACGGGGUGUAAUCUGACAUGGCAGGGAGCGGAUCACAUGGCCAAGAUCUUAAAGUAUCAGACUAUUAGAAGGCAUGAAGAAACCUGGGCUGAGAGUCUUCGUUACAGGAGACCUGAUCUUGACUGUAUGGCUGGUUUGAGGCGCAUCACCCUGAACUGCAACAUGCUCAUUGGUGACCUGGGUGCAAGUGCUUUUGCAGAAUCUCUUAGUGAGGAUUUAUGGCUUAGAGCACUUGACCUGCAGCAGUGUGGCCUCACCAGUGAAGGAGCAAAGGCUUUACUAAAGGCCCUUGAAACCAACAGAACUCUGGUCAUUUUGGAUAUAAGAAAAAAUCCACUUGUUGAUCAUUCUGUGAUGAAAUUGGUUAUCAAAAAAGUUCUCCAGAAUGGAAGGAGUGCCAAGUCAGAGUACCAGUGGAUAACUUCUCCAUCUGUGAAGGAGCCAUCCAAAGCUGCUAGACAGAAAAAGAGAACUAUAAUUUUGGGAAGUGGUCGAAAAGGAAAAGCUACUAUUAGAAUUGGCUUGGCCUCAAAGAAACCUGUAAGUAAUGGAAGGAAACACUCUGCUGGUAAAGAAUGUUAUGCUCCUGAACCUCUACCACCUGGUGUGUCUGGUUUCCUGCCGUGGCGUACUGCAGAACGUGCAAAAAGGAACAGGGGCUUUCCAUUCAUCAAAGCUCGUGAUAUAUGUAGUCAGUUGCAGCAAUCAGAAUUUCCUGUGACUGUGACAGUAGAGAGUCCUUCCUCCUCAGAAAUCGAAGAGGUUGAUGAUUCCUCAGAAAGUAUUCAGGAAGAGCCAGAGAAAAUCAAUUUGAAACAAGAAGCAUUGCAGGAAAAACUGGAGGAGUGCCUAAAGCAGUUAAAGGAGGAAAGAGUAAUAAGACUUAAGGCUGAUAAACGAGUCAGUGAGCUGGAACAUGAAAACGCCCAGUUAAGAAAUAUAAAUUUCUCUUUGUCUGAAGCCCUUCAUGCACACUCAUUGACAAGCAUGAUCCUGGAUGAUGAAGGUGUUUUGGGCAGCAUUGAGAAUUCUUUUCAGAAGUUCCAUGCUUUCUUGGAUCUCCUUAAAGAUGCUGGGCUUGGGCAGCUGGCCACAAUGGCUGGUAUAGAUCAGUCAGAUUUUCAUUUACUGGGUCGUCCCCAGAUGAAUUCUACUGUUAGUAGUUCACCUAAAGAAGAAAAGAAGGCACUUGAAGAAGAAAAAUCAGAAUCAAAGCAGAGUGCCCUAGGACAAAUGCAAAAUAUCCAAGUUUCUAUUUGUAUGCAGUCAGCUUACAAUGAAGGAACACUAAUGAAGUUUCAGAAAAUUACAGGUGAUGCUGGGAUUCCUUUGCCUCUCAACUCCUUCCGUGUCCCAGUCUCUAGUCAGGAGGCCUUAGAAACUUCCAAAGACAACCUGGGGGUCCCAGUCACAGAGCAGCGGCAGGAGUCUUUGGAAGAUUUCAUUGCUAGAACAUGUUCUCCUUCAGCGGACGUCAUUUCUGGGACUGGAAGUCAAAGAAAAGAAGAGGAAUUAUCUAGAAAUAGCAGGUCUUCUUCAGAGAAAAUGAGCAAAGCAGGUGAAUAUACCAAAAAAUACUCUGCUAAGAAACAACCUGGGAAGGACCUGUAUUCCUGCUCUGACUCACCUGUAAAGCAGAAAAGCAAAGGAAUUGGGCAAAAUAAUUCUUUGCUUAAUGAACCAAUUAGAAGUGAGUCUUCGAAAAAACACAUUUCUGUUAAGAAAGAGAGUAGAAUAGUGACUGUUUCAUCAAAGACAACUAAAAGUAAACUCAGUCUACUAGAACAUUCUGAAAGUGAUACUCUUGGAUCUGAUUUUGAAUUUCAAGAAAGCAUCCAUACUCUAUCACGCCUAACAUAAGUCUAAAUCUUUUAAAAUUAUGUUUUUGCCUUCAAAUUUUAAUAAAUUACUUGUGUUUUUAGUAUAGCAUAUGGUGUUUUAAAAUACUUGACUGGAAGCCAUUAGAGAAAGAUUUAUCUAUACGUUUUUAUUAUAAUGAAAGUUUUGGUGUAUUUUUCCUUGUGACAGUUUGCACCAUUCUUCAACUAGUGUUUACUGAGGGCUUCAUAUGUACAGUACUUUUCUGGGUGCUAUUGCUUUCAGCAGUGAACAAAAAAAAGCCUUUACUCUCCUGGAACUAACACUCUGGUGGGAGAAAACAUAAACAGCAAAGCAGGGUAAGGGGUAAAAAGAGAUGGGAAUAAUAAAUGGAAUAGUUUUACCAUUUGGUUAAAUGUCAAGCUAUUAUAAAUCACAUGGCCAGAAGCCAUUGACAUAUUUUAAUUCACAAUAACCAGAGAGCAUCAAACAUUUACCAAGGCACUUAACCGUGUUUAUGGAUUACAGCAACGCUAUGAGGUUGGGAACUGUUACCAUCCCCAUUUUAUAGAUGAGGAGUCUGCGGAGGCAUUAUAUGAGUUGCCCAGAAUUACACAGCUGUAAGUAAGUGGGAAGCUGGGAUGUGACCAGAACCCAUGCUCUUUUUUUUUUGAAUGUAUGGGCUUUAU